AUUUUGGAUGCAUCGAUACGUAAAGUUGAUUUGCACGAUUCUUUAAUUAUAAUAGACGAAGCUCAUAAUAUCGAAAGUGUUUGUAGAGACAGUCUAUCUUUUGAAAUAUCUAUAACAUCUUUGCAAUCGUAUAAAAUGCAAGUGUCUAAAAACAGUUAUAUGUAUAAUUUUUUUAACAAAUUAAUUACAAUGUAUGAAAAAUUCAAAGAAAUAGCUUGUAAAAAUAAAUAUUAUAUAAUAACAGGAACUGCGUAUUUAUCUACGUUAACGAAACAGGUCAGCUUAGCUAACAUACCUCAAUUUCCACACAAUCGCAUCCUAAAUCAGUUUAUUGAAAAGUUUCAGCAACAUGUGUCAAAUUUAAACAAUUUCAACGCGGAUUGUUUUCGCUUAGUCGUCGAGGCUGAUUUGUUUAGAAUAAUAUGUCUCGACCCACAACACGCUAUGAAAUCGGUAGUGGAAGUAGUGCGGACUAUAGUUCUUGCGUCUGGGACACUGUCACCAUUUAAUUCGUACGAAGCCGAAUUGGGAAUUAACUUUAAGCAUAAAAUCACGGGAAAUCAUGUGGUGCAUCCUGAAAAUGUUUACAUAAGACGUAUUUCACAUUCUAUUGACGGUAAAAUACCCUUUAGAAUGACAUAUGGUGCAUACAACGACAAAACGGUAUUAUCUGCCAUUGGGCAGCUAUUGUUAAAAAUAUGCGAAUCUAUCAAAGUGAACGAACAGUGUAGAUUGGGUGGUUGUGGUGUGUUAUGUUUUUUCCCAUCCUACCAAUCCAUGUUAAAGUGUGCACAAGUGUGGAAGAAUAUAAAUCCAGACGUGUGGACGUCUCUCAUGGCUACUACAAAUGGAUGCAUCUAUUUCGAAAGCAACGACGAGACCGUCCAUUCACACGUGGAAUCCGUGGCCUGUGGUGAAGUGUCUAUAUUGUGUGCAGUGCAUCGCGGAAGAAUUAGUGAAGGCAUGGACUUUGCCGAUAAUUUGGCACGCGUUGUGGUAUCCAUCGGAAUCCCCUUUCCAUCUAUCGUGCAAGACGACGUCCGUCUCAAAAUGGAAUUCAACGACACUACAAAACCUCAAGUUCUCAACGGUCGUGAAUGGUAUCGCAUCCAAGCUAUGAGGGCUGUGAAUCAAGCCGUCGGACGAUGCAUCCGACAUUCGAAAGAUUGGGGGGCCAUGCUGCUCGUCGAUCAACGCUUUCUUCAAUGCGACACUUGGAAGGACAUGUGCAAUUGGAUCAAGGUCAUGGAAAAUGGACGUCCGGCUGGCAACACUCGCAAGAAUGGUGUAGUUCAAGAAUUAACGAAAUUUUUUAAGGAUAAAGAAUUGAAAUAAAAAACAAUG